GGAACUACUAGCGCGCGCUAGCUACUUGACUCUAUCAGGCAAUGACGACACCAGUUGUUGAUCGGUUGGAUUCUAUUGCUCUUGAGCUUCUGGAUGUUUUAGUAGCGAUUCAUUUGUGUCGAAAAGGCGCUCACAAGCUGCUAGAAAAUGGCCACUUGAGCUUGUCUCAGGCAAGGUAUUCGAGAGGCGUGAAGUCAGUCUCAUCUCUUCAGUUUCCAUCGGAAAUGUCGGCAGCGGCGACAACUUCUGUACACAAUGAUGAAAAUGGGAUUCAAAUAAUGCUUCAUCAGAUGACAACAGAAUCAGUUACUCUCACACCAAACCUGACAGAAAGUGACCCUCCCACUGAAGAUACACAGCUGAGACACAGAAAGGGACAUGCAAAGGAAACGAGAGUAGAAACGGUUAGUGCAAAGAAAGAAGCUAAAAAAGAAGAAAAAGUAGCAAGAGCAACUUACUCGGAUCCUCUCAAAUGGUUUGGCGUACUUGUGCCUCUGAGCCUUCGAUCAGCAAAGAAGAGCUUUAGUGAAGGUGUUGAGAUGAUCGUAGAACUGGCAAACCUGCAGAUAAAGUUAGAGUGUCUAAGAACUGAAUACGGGCAGCUAUUGAAGAAGAAAGCGGAAAUGAAAGGAGAUUGAUUGAUAAGAAGGAUAGAAGUUGCGUAAUAUGAGAUAGUGUAUGUUAGAGCAUUACAUUAUGAUUGGUUCUAUAUGUUAUUACAUUAUGUGUGGAUGUGGACUCGCACACACACACACACACACACACACACACACACACACACACACACACACACACACACACACACACACACACACAAAUUUGCAAAUACUAUGGCAACGUCUAAUUACGCGUGCUCGCCUCGAUCGCUCACUGUGUGUGCGUGCGUGUGUGUCCACACCUAAACAUAAUGUAAUGCUCUAUCAGAUUAUGCAAAUACUAUAGCAGUACCAAACAA